AGUGUGAAAGUAACACAUGGCAAGCUAGAGGGGGUUGGUCUGCAGUCAUGACAGCGUUGCGAUUGCUUUUAAUUUAAAAUCACUACUGUUAACCGAGAUACGGUUCCUAUAGUAACUUAACUGACGUGAAUAAGUCCGGUCCAAAGACGCAACAGUGUAGACAGCCAAGCAUGAAGAGGCACCCUGGAGCUUUCCUUCUCACAUAGGAGAUAUGUUGACUCAGCCAUGGACGAAGUCACCUUCCGCAUGGACACUGUCUUGUCAGAUGUGCACCUUUUACUGCCCAACGCCCGCCACCUGAUGACCCGCCUUAACGGUGUCGGCCAACCAGUGUUCAUCUCUAAGUUUAAGAUUUUGUGGGAUGCGGAGGAGAAGGAGCCUGCCUGCGGUGGACUGAGUGAGGAUGGCAGCCCCUCUAGUGCGUCAGAGGCGCCCCUGGAUGACGAUGGUGACCUGGACGUGGCAAGGAGGCCCAGAGAUGCUUCCCCAGAGCGGGAGAGGGUGUGCCCCAUCAUCCUCAGACAGGCCACGGGCACUUCGACAGAUGGCCGUGGGGAAGAUGAUGAUGAUGAGGAGGAGGAGGAAGAGGCAACGCGUCAAGAUGUCAUCAGAAUAGAACAUACAAUGGCUACCCCACUGGAAGAUGUCGGCAAGCAGAUUUGGCGAGGAGCUUUUCUUCUAGCUGACUUCAUCCUCUCGCGACCAGCUGAGUUCGAGGGAGUUACUGUUCUUGAGCUUGGGGCCGGAACUGGACUGACCAGUGUCGUCAUGGCAACACAGGCCAAAAUGGUGUAUUGCACAGACGUGGGCCAAGACCUGCUGAGUAUGUGUCAAAGAAACGUCACCAUAAACCGACAUCUCACAGAAGCCAAAGCGAGUGAGGUGAGAGUCAGACAGCUGGAUUGGACAGGGGAUGAUUUCUGCACAGAUGCUGAGGUGGCCUAUGCAUGGACUGAGGAUGAGGUGGCUGACCUGCACAAUGAGACAUCAUUAAUAAUGGCCGCAGACGUGUGCUAUGAUGAUGAGCUCACCGACGCUCUCUUCAGGAUGCUGUACAGGAUAACCAGCAAUCUACGAAACCAGAGCACAGUCUACCUCUCCAUUGAGAAAAGGUUGAACUUCACCCUGAGGCACAUGGAGGUGUCCUGCGAGGCCUACGACCACUUCCGCCACUGCUUGGACGAGCUUCACGACAUGGAGGAUGGCAAGAUGCAGUACUGCGUCGAGCAAGUGCUCAGCCCCUUCCCCCAGUUCUUCCAGUACGAGCGGGUGGAGCACCUGGAGCUGUGGAAAGUCUCCGCCUACCAAAAAUGAACUCUGUGACCGGCUUGGAGCCUCUCUAAUUUGGGAUGGAAUUUCAGUGUCUCCUGAUACCUGAUAUAGAUGCUUGUUUUGUGAGAUUUAAUUUUGUGUUUUAACUCAAAAGGGACAAGGAAACACACACAUUUGAAGAUUUGAUCAGGAGUGACAGGUGAAAGACGUCAGGUUCCUACUUCUGGCUAUUAGUUGUUGGAUGCCUACAGACUGCAAUAGGUGUCCCAUGUGUUUUGAGGGCACGUGCAUAGACCUAAUCAUGCCUAAUUGCACUAUAUUAUUGUGGAAAGAAGGAAGGGCCAUGCUGACCACUGAUUGUGUAUUUACUCAGCAAGGCACCUUUCAUUCAGGUGGUGACACUAUCUCCCAUGCACAAAUUGAUGUUUGUGGGCUUUUCUUCUGAAACUUCUUGUUUUUUUCUUUACCUCUAAUUGUGUACAAUACAAAAUAAAAAACUGCUUUUCAUGCUU